ACAGAGCUUUUUUUUUUCAGUCUUACAAACAUUAGUGAAAUCGAGGAAGCUUUUUUUCAGAUUCACUUAAAAGAGGAACAUCUAAACAACGAGCUUGAUGCCAUUCUUGAGUUUUUUUCAAGACUWGAUGCAAAAAUGAAUACGCUGCAAAAUUUUUUACCUAGUCUUUUUUUAGUAAUGAGGGACGCUAAUCACCUUUAUUCGAUGAUUUUUUUCACAUCCGACUUGGCAGAAAAGGUCAGCAGUAAAGUUUUUUUGUUGGAUCUUGUAAAGGUACAAGUCCAGGAUACAAUAAAACAAGUUGACGAUAUUCUAGAUCUUAAGGCUUGUGUUAAUGGAGUCCAAACAGCAUUGAAUACUGAAAACUAUUUUUUUGCUGCAGCCCAUAUUCAUCGGUAUCUAAGCCUUGAUUUUUUUAUAUUAAAGCAGUUGAUUGGUGAUACAAAUGAAGGAUCUGAUUUAAGUGGAGCAUUUGUGCUUUUUUUCGAGGCUGAAGUCAAACUGAAAGGCAUUGUCAAUGUUUUUUUUGACUUGGCUCUUAAACAUGGUGAUAAAAACGCUAUUGACAGGUUUUUUAAGAUCUUCCCACUUAUUGGACAGUACCAAACAGGACUGGAAAUUUUUUUAAAGUACCUUUGCGGCCAGUCACAAAAGAAUCUAGAACUGGCUGAAACAACAAAAGAAUCAGUUUUUUUUAGCAAUGUUGUGUUUGCAAACAGUCUUACAAUGUUAUUUGAGAAUAUUGCAAGGAUUGUUGAAGAACAUCAGCCAUUUUUUUUAACAUUUUAUGUAAAACUUUAUUGUCUUUUUUUUGGACCAGGAAGAAUGUCCACAUUGCUUUUGGCAUUGCAGGUUGAGUGUGACAAACAAUCGUCACAGAUUCUUGACUUUUUUUAUAAGCAAAGAGGGGUGAAGACUAAGCUGAAAGCAGUGAGCAAAAGUCUUGGAAUGAAAGGAAUAUCAACAAAUCAAGAGAGAUAUGAUCCCCGUGAUAUGGACAUUCUUCUUUUUUUUUUGGUCCUUAUGAAUGCUAGGACAGAAUUGUACCUAUUUUUUUUGGAAAAUAAAAUUCUGAGCGACAGUGAAAAUCUACCUGAAGAUGAAAAAGAAAAAGAUACAAUUUUUUUUUUCGAUAAACUAGUUACUAAUAGUGGAGUAAAUAUUUUUUUGCAGGUGCUUAUUGGUUCAUACAUUACUAUGGAGGAAUAUUUUUUUUAAGAAACAGCUAUGAAGGCUGUGCGCAUGGAUUACUUUGAAGGAGAUCAGAAUUUUUUUUUCACAUCAAGCAUGGUUGAUGAUGUCUUUUUUAUUUUUUUUUAAUCAGUAAGGCGUUCUUUGUCAAGUUUUUUUUUUGAUGCAGUUUGUGCCAUGUUGAAUCAUGCAGGAGCUUUUCUUUCGUCUUUUUUUCGAGAUGUCUUGAACUCUAAAAUCAAAUCAGGCUUUUUUUUUGGAGGCAUAGACCUGUCUGGUAUGUUUCAAGGGAAAAUUCAAGUUUUUUUGUCAUCCACUGCUGAGAGUGAUGCUGCAAGGAAAGUUUUUUUGGUUACAYUGAACAUUUUUUUGGUCAGCAGUCAGAAUAUUCAAAAGUUAAAGAAUGUUUUUUUGAUUGAAUGCUUUUUUUACCCACACCUUGGUGAUGCUGCUAAAUUGAAGCUUGAGAGCUGUUUAUCUGACUUUUUUUCCACAUCAGAUAUUUUCAAGGAUUUACUACAGGGUGGUAUUUAUCUUUUUUUCAGUAGUGUUGUCAUCCCACGGUUAAAACCUUUGAUUGAUGGAUUCGUCUCUAUCAAUCACAACAUAACAGAGGAGGAGUUUGCUUACUAUGAGGUUUUUUUUCCUUUUGUGCAAAAUUUGAUCACCAACAUGGAUGUUUUUUUGUCUUCAUUUAAGUUUCCAUUAACACCAAGUAACAAUGAUUCUCUAGUCAGUUUUUUUACAACAGAAAUCACAAUUCAACUUGAAAAAGCUGUUUUUUUUAGCAGUUUUANUCAGCUUGGUGCCUUACAGCUUGACAAAGAGCUUCGAUCUCUAGUUGGCUACUUAACUGCCAUCACUCAGUGGACAAUUAGAGAUAAGUUUGCACGGUUAACACAAAUCUCAACRCUGCUAAACCUUGAAAAAGUAAGUGAAAUCAUGGAAUACUGGGGACCUAACUCAGGACCGCUGACAUGGAGAUUAACACCAGCUGAAGUCAGACAAGUAUUAGAACUAAGAGUUGAUUUCCGGAGUGAAGACAUCAACCGAUUAAAGCUAUAAACAAUUUACGAAUAUUAGAAUCUAAAUCAAUUGUAAGUACACAAAUGAGAAAUAAACAGGACCACGGGAUAUUUAUGUUGCGAUAACAAACAAUAUAUGCAUGAAACAUAACUAAUACUAGUCUGUACUAAUAAUAAUAGCUGAGGUGUUGAUAUUAUGAUACUGAUGACAUCGGCAAUGAUUAAGGCAUCAUAAAGAUGACAUUCUUUACUUGUAUUAUUGAAAGAAACCCCUACAAAAAUACCUUCUCGCUUUAGACAAACAUGCUUCAGUUAUCUUGUAUUACUCUAUCAUAGCGAUUUUUAAACAAAAGCUUAGAAGGAUAC